CAACGCUUGAUUUUUGCGCAGUGCAAGCCAGCAGGAAGGUGCAAACGCUGCGACGUAGCAGCAUCGCUGCCCGCGAUCCAGUAUCGCUGCAAAGAAUUGCUCAAUUUGCACUCCUGCGCACUGCUUUUGCACCAGGCGCCAGCCCACCUCGCCGCAGCGCGCGCGCGCGAACGCAUCGCAAAAAAGCGAUGGACGACCUCGGCGCCAUGAACUACUCUCUCACAUUACUGGAGCAGGAGGAGUGCGAGUCCGUCUGCGCGCGCUUUCUCAUUGAUGAUUUCUCAACGGUGCCCGCGGCGCAGCUCGCGCAGAUGCGCCGCGAGGGCUUGCUGGACGAGGAGAACAGACCACGGUUGAUGCGAGAGAAACAUGUGCAGUACCUGCGCAAGGGCCUCGCCGGCUUAAGUGGGGGAUUCGUGGCGCUCGACGCAAGUAGACCGUGGCUCGUUUAUUGGAUUAUUCAUGCUUUGGACUUGUUGGAGGCGUUGGAUGAUGAUGCUGAGAUCAAGCAAAGAUGCAUUUCCACCUUGAGAGCGUGUAGAGCUGAAGGCGCGUUCGGCGGCGGGCCGAGACAAUUGGCGCACCUGGCGCCGACGUACGCCGCGACGCUAGCGCUCUGUUGUAUUGGUUCAAAUGAAGCUUUCGAGACGAUCGACCGGCCCGCUUUGUAUCAGUUCUUGUUGUCGAUGAAGGACGCGUCGAACGGCUUCCGGAUGCACGACGAUGGCGAGGUCGACGUGCGAGGGACGUAUACGGCCAUCGCCGUCGCUGCUUUAACCAACGUGUUGACACCACAACUAGUAGAAGGCGUCGCGGAGUACGCGGCGUCGUGCCAGACGUACGAAGGGGGGUUCGGGGGCGAACCGGGCGUCGAGGCGCACGGCGGCUACGGCUUUUGUGCGAUCGCGACGCUGUGCAUUCUGGACGCGUGCCAUCUGGUGGAUCUCGACGCCCUGGACGCGUGGGUCGCGCGGCGCCAGACGAGCAUCGAGGGCGGCUACCAGGGCCGGGCGAACAAGCUCGUGGAUGCAUGCUACAGCUUCUGGCAGGGCGGCACGGCGCAAUUAUCCGCCCAUGCGAGGCGGGGCGACCCCCACCACAUCGAAGCACCACAAGGCGUACGGUGGCGGCCCGGGACGACAUCAGCUGACGUCCCUGCAGCGACGCCUAUCCAGGAAAUCGUGGACCCGAUCAAACUCCAACGGUACAUCUUGUUGUGCGCCCAGGUCUUCCCGGACGGCGGGUUGCGCGACAAGCCGGGCAAGGGCCGCGACUACUACCACACGUGCUACGCGCUGUCCGGGUUGUCCGCCUCGCAGCACCCGGACUGCACCGCCCCGGCGACCGUCUCCGGCUCGCCGGCCAACCUGCUGCCGCGGACGCACCCGGCCUUCAACUGCCGGCCGGAGAAGGUGUCGCGCAUGCUCGACCACUUCUCGGGGCUGCCGGACCUUUAACCUUAGUAUCUCUGUG